AUGAGAAGCCAGAUUUGGUUUGAGAAGUAUAGGCCUCGGAAAUAUACAGACCUGGUGUUCAAGGAGGAUGUUCACCAUGAUGUUCUCAGGUGGCUAAGAGACUAUCCUGCCCACGGAAGGAUCCUUCUACUCAAAGGACCCCCGGGAACAGGGAAGACAUCGCUGGUGCAUGUUCUUUCAUCUGUAUUUGGACUAAAUCUUGUUGAGUUUAAUGCUUCCGACGACCCCAAGUACAUAGAAAAGAUAUCGGGUGCCUACGGAACCAUUGAUGGAAAGAAAAACCUCAUUUUUAUUGACGAGAUAGAUAGCAUCCCAUUGGCAGACCUGGAAAGGCUGGUGUCUUCCAUAAAACUGGUCUAUCCCGUUGUGAUGACAUCCAACGAAAUACAUUUGGAGGAUGUCUAUACUGUGGAGAUCAAGAGGCCUGGGAUCAGUGAGAUCAGAAAGGGCAUAGAAAGGAUCUGUAAGGAGGAGGGAGUGUAUGUCGGGAACUCCGCCCUGUUGCAGAUGGCAGAGGAUUCCGGUGGGGAUUUUAGGGCAAUAAUAAACCAUCUUCAAGUACACAAGGAGAGAUUGCAAAACUCAAAGGAUUUAGGAAUUGGAAAGUCUGCCUCUCUAGUCCAGCAUAGAGCGGUGGAGCUCGUCCUGACCAAGCGCAUGGGGUGGAAGACAUACGAGGAUGUGUAUUCUGCCAAUGUACUAUCUCUAUGCCACAGUUCAUUUCCACACAAUACCGGCCUAAUGAGACUGGUUGCAGACAUAAGCGAGGCCACAUCUCUUGCAGACAUCCUUCCUGAGGAGUUCAGGUAUAUAUCCCUGUCAAGAUACAAUAUGUGCAAUAGCAAAAAGGCCAGUAUACAGAGCAUGGUGCAUUAUGAAGAGACCAUGCAUGACCCUGUGAGGGAAAGAGUCCUUCCCUACUUUAAGAAGUAUGAUCUAAAUAGAGCAGACAGAAGGAGUUUAAACCACUUGAGGGAAAUAGUGAGGAUGUACAAUAUUAUGGAUGUAAGGCUAAGAGAGGAGGAUACAGCAGAAAGUAACAUGGGAGACGGUUUCAAGAGAUUCAAGUUCAAAUACAAGCCUGGGUCUUCAUCAGCAUUUAGGAGGGAUGUGACGAUGGAUGAUGUCAUGGAUUGGUUCUUUAGCACUAGGCAUUAG